AUGGCGCCUAAGAGAAAAGCACAGCAACCGCCACAGAAGCCUGCUCUGUCCAAGAGAGUCAAGGUCGAGCCCAUCAAGACUCCUGUCAAGCAUUCUGUCCUUCUGCAGUAUUACGGUGACGACAAUGUGUGGACUCUUCGCGACUAUCUGCUUGCCAAGCUCCCGGCUUCCUCGAGGCUUCGCCGCAGGAAGAUUGCGUCCAUUGGAAAGUCGGUAGCGAGCUUGACACAGGCAACACUUCCCGUCGAAGACGAUUUGUCCAAAUUGCUGGAUACGAUAAUACUGUGGAAGUCCUCACAAAAGGGCGAUGAGUCAAUCCUUUCACUUUCGGGAGGGCUAAACGAGGCAAACGACAUGCAAAGAGAGCUCGUAGAUUUCGUCGUGUGGCAACUUUUCUCCAGGGUUCAGCUCGGCGCUUGGCCCAAGCAUCUCCUUUGUGAUGGCUUCAGACGUGGCCAAAACGCAAGGCCUCACCCCGUCCAUACGAACCAGUUUGUCGAAACACUGACAGAUUCGCCGUGGCCUCAGCUUCUCAUGCUUUUAGGCAAGUCAGGAGAGCAGAUCAUGAUAGAUCUGCUCAGUGACACUGCCAUCUUCAAGCCGGUACAGGCGGGUGCUGGAAAUCUUUACCAGCUCAGCGGUACGCCCAUGUUUGAGCGGCAAGGAAAGGAAGGGCCCAAGAAGGAUUCAUGUCUCGGCUAUGAGAGGUCCCCCUCUGAAAUAUCGUUCAUGAGAAAUCGCAUGUUAUACGCUCGAGCAGCUCUUACUGGCAGAGGCACCGUUCACUAUGGUCUUCGACAUAUACAUGUUCUAAGUCGUUGCCCGUUGCUUUCUUGCAACGAGGAGGCUGCUGCAGAGAGAAGGCUCCAUAUGGAGCUGAACAAUGACAAGAACACUCUGAAGGUCAUGAUGUACAUCUUUCCUCGACAGUUUGAUCUGCACAACGUGUUCACCUCAAAGGUCGAUCAUCUCAAGACGGCGCAAAAGCUUCCUGACUACACACUCCGCGAGGAAGAGAUCGCAAAGGUUGCCAAAGACAGACAAAUCAAAACACCAAAAAGAUUACGUGGAGAUGUGAAACGACUGGUCCAACAAAUGCAACUCUUUCACAGUCGAUGCUCAUAUGCUGAGCUGCUGCGUCAUUACUGUCCUUCCGCAAUUGACAGCAAGGCUCAACAUCCGCUGGAGAAAAAACUUCCUAGUCAAUCUCAAAAGUUCGUGAGUUCUCAGAGUCUAGGCUCUAGCACUCAGCGAACAACGUCCACGGGUCGAAGCAAGAUGACCACCGAGAUCGGCAACACGCAGCGGCAACAGGUACCACCCACGCCGGUAAUUGAGUUUGAUACCAUCACUGAUCUGGCAACGCCAACCGCUCACGUGUCCGCGUUUUGCCGGGCUGUGCUGGCGAAGAUCAUUCCGAAUGAGUUUUGGGGUGUUGGUGAUACUCAGACCCACAAUCGGAACGCUAUCUUCAAAAAGGUUGAUCAUUUUAUCAAAUUACGAAGGUUUGAGAGCAUGUCGCUUGAAGAGGUGAUGGAAGGCUUAAAGGUCACAAACAUGGAAUGGCUCGCGCCGCCCAAGUUGAAGGGCUUGAAGACAAGUCAAGGGGACAUGAAAAAGCGCCUUGAGAUUUUGCAUGACAAUUUCUACAUCACCGAAUCAAGCUCCGACCGCUAUCGGCUCUUCUUCUUUCGACACGACAUCUGGCGCUACGUUGCAGAGCCUGCUAUGGCCAACCUCAGGAGUAAAAUGUUCGAGGAGGUUAAAUUGAACGAAGCAGAACGAAUUCUUGGGUCCAGGCAGCUGGGGUUCAGUCGCAUUCGGCUGCUCCCAAAGGGCAAGUCCAUACGACCCAUCAUGAACUUGCGAAGGAGGGCGACUGUCAAUGGGAAGGGUGCCCUUCUUGGGCCGAGUAUCAACUCCAUCCUUGGUCCUGUCCACUCCGUGCUUAAACUGGAAGCGGAACUUAACCCCACGAAGCUGGGCUCGUCCAUGCUCUGCGUGGGAGAUGUUUACCCGCGACUGAAUGCUUUCAAGGCGAGCUUCGGAGAGGAACCACAAGAAUUUUUCUUCGCGAAAGUGGAUGUGCAAUCUGCCUUCGACACAAUUCCUCAAAACGCCGUCGUUCGAUUGAUGGGAGGCAUUCCAAGAAAUGAGCGAUAUGUACUCAGGAAGCACAUGGAAGUCAAGGCCAGCUUGGUGGACUCUCGAAAUCAGAAGCGGCCAGACACCAAGUUACCAAGACGAUGGCAUUCGCUUGCCGCUACGUUAAAUGACCCGGCUAGCUUCGCACAAGUCGUCGAAGACCGCCUCGGUCUGAAGAGGAAGAACGCCGUCUUCGUUGGCAACCUGUCACGCAAGGAGUACGACAAGCAGAAUCUGCUGGCAUUGAUGGCAUCUCACAUACAGCAGAAUCUCGUCAAGGUUGGCAAGAAAUACUACAGACAGAAAAACGGCAUACCUCAGGGAUCCGUCCUGUCUUCGUCCCUUUGCAAUUACUUUUACGCCGACCUCGAGGAACAGCGCCUACCCUUCCUGGUUGGAGAAGACAGCCUACUUCUAAGACUGAUUGACGACUUCCUGUUCAUCUCAACAAACCAGAAAAAGGCUCGCAAGUUUGUACAAGUCAUGCACGGCGGAGUCCCAGAGUAUGGUGUCACUGUAAACCCAGCCAAGACGCUGGUAAACUUCGACUUGGAGCUUAGGGGCAUGAAGAUUUCUCGAGUUUCGGAAUCCGCACAUUUUCCGUAUUGCGGUUUGAAGAUCGACUGCCAAACACUCGACAUUGUCAAGGACCGCGAGAACGUCAAGAGAAUGUCUGUGGCCGACGCCCUCACGGUUGAUUUCGGACACAAGCCGGGACAAAACUUCCAGAGGAGAAUUAUAAACGCCUUCAAGAUCCAGUCUCAUUUGAUGUUCUACGACACCAAGCACAACGCCCUCAACACGGUCAUCACCAAUCUUCACAAGGCCUUCAUGGAGACAGCAGACAAGAUGAUGGCCUACUGGCGUUGUCUCCCCGUGGGCAAGCGGCCUACGGAGAGCUUGCUAACGCAAACGAUCAGUAAAGUCAUCGAAGCGGCCUUCAUGCUUCUCACCAGCAGAGCGAGAAAGGAGAGACAUCCGGGCUACAGCUGCGCGCUGGAGAAGACUCAUGUCACCUGGUUGGGUCUCGAUGCUACGAGGAAGGUUAUCAUGAAGAAACAAGCAAAACUCGCCCAAGUCCUGGGGUGGAUUGACGUGGAACUGAGCAAACUCAACUGGAAGAAGACGGCACGGGUCACGAAGAUUAUCAAGUAG